UUUUUCCCCAAAACAUUAUUUGCUAAAGUUUUUUAUACCAUACAUGCAAGGACAAGAUAAAAACGUGGACGAUCAAAACUACCCCAUUUGCUCCAUUCUCUCUGUUCUCUGCAGCCUUCCUGGGUCACUCGCUGCUAGAUUUUGGUUAACGUCCUCAUCCCCAACGUCAGUCUCUCACGAGCCUUCCAAGCCUGAUGCCCUGCGCUCUGAGUCCUCAAAGUCCUCUUGGCCUCUCAGCCCGACCCCCUCCCCCCGCCCCCCAGGUCUCUGCAAGUGUUUACGGCCUUCUCCCUUCCCCUUGGGAAACUUCACAUUCCGGAGAGACGGACGCAGCGCUGGGGUUUGGGAUCUUGAAGGAAAGCUGUCUCCACAGUGUUUACCAGGCCUCGACACUCUCCCUGAGCCCGCCCCCAGCUCCGAAAAGCUUCCUGGAGACGUCCCGCUUAUCACUCCCCCGGGCUGGGGGCGGGAGCGGGCGGUGCCCUCCGCCCCGGGCCCCACUGUCCCCAGGCUGCCCCCCGGCUCCGGCUGGCCCCGGCUGGCCCCCGGCUCCGGCUGUGCGCUGUGCGCUGUGCGCAGCCUGCAGAGAGCGACGCCCGCAGCCUGCAGCUCCGCCGCCCGCCGCGCGCCCCCGCCCUCGCCGCCCGCCCGGGUCCCCGCCGCGCGCCCCCGCCCGGGUCCCCGCCGAGCGCCCCCGCCACCGCCGCGCUCCCGGGUCCCCGCCGCCCGCCUGGACCGCCCCCGCCUCUUCGCCAUGAGGGUCCCGCGGGGGCGCUGCGCUGCGCUGCUGGCGUGCCUCGCCCUCGCGCUUCCCGUCUCCGAGGCAAACUUUUUGUCAAAGCAACAUGCUUCACAAGUCCUGGUUAGGAAACGCCGUGCAAAUUCUAUUCUUGAAGAAACCAAAAAGGGUAAUCUUGAAAGAGAAUGCAUUGAAGAACUGUGCAAUAAAGAAGAAGCCAGGGAGAUCUUCGAAAAUAUCCCUGAAACGGAAUAUUUUUAUCCAAAAUAUUUAGGUUGUCUUGGUUCUUUCCGAGCUGGACUGUUCACGGCUGCACGUCAGUCGACAAACGCUUACCCUGACUUGCGGAGCUGUGUCAAUGCCAUUCCAGACCAGUGUAAUCCUCUGCCGUGCAAGGAGGAUGGAUAUAUGAGCUGCAAAGACGGCCAAGCCACAUUCACGUGCGUGUGUAAAUCAGGUUGGCAAGGAGAGAUGUGUGAAUCUGAUGUAAAUGAGUGCAAAGAUCCCUUGAAUGUAAAUGGAGGUUGCAGCCAGAUUUGUAAUAAUACUCCUGGAAGUUACUACUGUUCCUGUAAAGGUGGUUUCGUUAUGCUUUCAAAUGAAAAGGACUGCAAAGAUGUGGAUGAAUGCACUACACAGCCAAGCAUUUGUGGCACAGCUGUGUGCAAGAAUGUCCCAGGAGACUAUGAAUGUGAAUGCGCCGAAGGCUACAGCUACAAUCCCAGCUCAAAGUCUUGUGAAGAUGUGGAUGAAUGCUCUGAGAACAUGUGUGCUCAACUUUGUGUCAAUUACCCUGGGGGUUACUACUGUUAUUGUGAUGGCAAGAAAGGAUUCAAACUUGCCCAAGAUCAGAAGAGUUGUGAGGCUGUUCCAGUCUGCCUUCCCCUGAACCUUGACAAGAAUUAUGAAUUACUGUACUUGGCAGAGCAGUUUGUAGGGGUUGUUUUAUAUUUAAAAUUUCGUUUGCCAGAUAUAACCAGAUUUUCAGCUGAAUUUGAUUUCCGAACCUAUGAUUCAGAAGGUGUUAUCCUGUAUGCAGAAUCUCUCGAUCACUCAGCUUGGUUCCUGAUUGCACUUCGUGAUGGAAAGAUUGAAAUUCAGUUUAAGAAUGAACAUACAACCCAAAUCACAACGGGAGGCAAAGUUAUUAAUAAUGGUCUAUGGAAUAUGGUCUCUGUGGAAGAAUUAGAAUACAGUAUUAGUGUAAAAAUAGCUAAAGAAGCUGUAAUGAAUAUAAAUAAACCCGAAAACCUUUUUAAGCUUACAAAUGGAUUUUUAGAAACCAAAGUAUACUUUGCAGGAUUACCUCGGAAAGUGGAGAAUGCACUCAUUAGACCGAUUAACCCUCGUCUGGAUGGGUGUAUACGAGGCUGGAAUUUGAUGAAUCAAGGAGCUUCAGGAGUAAAGGAGAUUAUUCAAGAAAAACAGAAUAAGCAUUGCCUUGUCUCUGUGGAGAAGGGUUCCUACUUUCCUGGUUCUGGAGUUGCUCAGUUUAGCAUCAACUAUGAUAACACAUCCAGUGCUGAGGGCUGGCACGUCAACGUGUCCUUGCGUAUUCGCCCGUCCACCGGCACUGGCGUCAUGUUUGCCUUGGUUUCUGGUAACACAGUGCCCUUUGCCUUGUCCUUGGUGGACUCCACCUCUGAAAAACUUCAGGAUAUCCUGGUAUCUGUUGAAAGUAUGGUAAUAUAUCAGAUAGAGGCCCUAAGUCUGUGUUCCAAUCAACAAUCCUAUCUGGAGUUCAGAGUCAACAGGGACAGUCUGCAGGUGUCGACUCCACUUAGAAACAAUGUCAUCUACUCUGAAGACCUUCCAAGACAAUUUGCCAACUUGGACAAAGCGAUGCAAGGAACAAUGGCCACUUACCUGGGUGGCCUUCCAGAUGUUCCAUUCAGUGCCACACCCGUGAAUGCCUUUUACAGUGGCUGUAUGGACGUGAAUGUUAAUGGUGCACAACUGGAUCUGGACGAGGCCGUUUCUAAACACAAUGAUAUCAGGGCUCACUCGUGUCCAUCAGUUUGGAGGAACACAAAGCGUUCUUAAGGCAUCUUUUCUCUGCUGAUAAUGUCUUUUUCCUGUGUGUAAUUAUACUUAUGUUUCAGUAAUAGCUAAAGGAUUUCACCUACGAUGUUCAGACCUUGAUAAUUUUGUGAUACGUUGACCUUCCUGGAAUUUUAAAAAUGUUCUUUUUCAAGAAAGCAAGAUUCUCUUGUGAUAUAAAUAACAUUAAAAAAUUCUUACCUCUGUUGCUGUCUAGAAAUUAAAUAAUGAAACAUAUAAAGAUUUUUAAUUUGAAUCUUUGCUACAAAUGACCGUUCUUUAUUUUUAUGUUUGUAAAAGUAAAAUUUAAUUUUAUCACCAGGAAAUAGUUUUUAAAUAUCUAUUUUUCUGGGAAAGCAAGAAAGUAGACCCAAAUGAAAAUUCUGUGACUAAAUACCAUUGAUCAUGGCAGAUGCUACUUUAUUUGUCUAUGUUUUUUCCUGACGAAGAUGGCGGAUGAGACAGUGGCCUAUUACGUAGGAAUUGAGGGGAGGCUUUAUUCCAGAGCCGUUCCUCAGGAGCAUCAGCUGUGGCUUCUUCUUUCUUUCACCCGGCUUCACCUUUGAACCGAAGCUUUACUGAAUUAGGAGACAAAUUGGACAGAUUUUCAUGAGAGCAGCACACGCUUCUUGCUGGUUAGUAAUUGGAUUUGAUGAGGACGAGAUACCAGAUUGUGUUGGAAUGGGUGUGGAAACCCGGGGUGGGUAUAUUCCUUAAAUUUGGCUGUGUGGGUCACACAAGCUCUAGAUCAGAAAAGGCAGACCCAAUGAUGGAAAGAAUGAAUGAGAGAAUGAAUAAUGUGAAAGUUCAUAGUUUUCCUUGAAUCCAACCUUAAUUUCCAGAGUAAGCUGCCAGAAUCUGACUGUUGAGGGGUGAAAACUAGAGCAGAUUUUAGUGAAAGGAUAACCACAGAGGGAUGCAGUUAAUGCUAUGUAUUAACUAUGAAUACACAGUUGUAAAGAUGUGAGAUUGCCACGUGCUUGCUGGCAAUGCAUUUCAAGUGUCAGUUUUCUCCCUCCAAAACCUACCAUUCACAUUGGAUAUACAUGAGGUAUUCCACUGAUGGUUUUAUAAAAUAAACUUUUGUUCCACUAUAGAUAUUUUAUAUCAUGUAAAACAUAAUAAAUUGGUGUAUAUUUUAAAAACUUA